CACUACAACUCCACAGGACCCAAAAAAAAAAAAAAAAAAAGGAAAAUCAGAGCUCAGAACGAAAGCAUCCAUGGAAUUUUGGUUUUGGAUUUUCAAGCUUAUAACUGUUCUUGCGUUGGUAAUUUCUCUCACGAUAUGGAUUGUCAAAACCCUAGAGUGGUCAUGGUGGAAGCCGAGGAGAUUGGAGAGGGCGCUCAGGGCUCAAGGCCUCAAGGGCACUCAUUAUCGAUUCCUAUUUGGGGAUCUCAGAGAGAACGUAAGGAUCAACAAAGAAGCAAGGUCCAAACCCUUGCCCUCAAAAUCUCACGCCAUCAUCCCUCGCGUAGUUCCUCUGCUGCUUCGUUCAAUGAACCAAUUUGGUAAAAUUUCUUUCACAUGGUUUGGCCCAACUCCCAGGGUGACUCUUACAGAUCCAGAGUUGAUAAGAGAAGUUUUGUCCAACAAAUUUGGACACUUUCAGAAACCAAAUAUUGGCCCAAUUGGGAGAUUGUUGGCAACAGGAUUAGCAAAUUAUGAAGGUGAAAAAUGGGCCAGGCACCGGAGGAUAAUUAAUCCUGCUUUUCAAGUAGAAAAGUUAAAGCGAAUGCUUCCAGCAUUCUCUGCCUGUUGCAGCGAACUAGUCAGCAGAUGGGAAACUUUUGUUGGUUCAAAAGGAUUGUGUGAGUUAGAUGUUUGGCCAGAACUCCAGAACUUCACAGGGGAUGUCAUCUCCAGGACAGCAUUUGGUAGCAGCUUCGAAGAAGGGAGACGUAUAUUUCAUUUGCAAUCGGAGCAAGCUGAGCUUCUUAUUCAAGCAUUUCAGUAUUUAGUCAUCCCAGGUUACAGGUUUCUUCCCACUCGGAAUAACAGGAGAGCAAAAGCAAUUGAUAGGGAGGUUAGAAGACUUUUAAGACUUAUAAUCGAAAAGAGAGAAAGGGCUAUAGAGAAGGGAGAUUGUAAUACGAAUGACCUGCUGGGCCUGCUUUUGGAGUCUAAUUUAAAUCAAGAUCAUGGAAAAUCCACCAAUUUGAGGAUGAGUACUGAAGAGGUUCUUGAAGAAUGUAAGCUGUUUUAUUUUGCAGGGAGCGAGACCACGUCAGUGUUACUGACAUGGACAAUGGUAUUAUUGAGCAUGCAUCCAAGCUGGCAAGUCCGUGCAAGAGAAGAGGUCCUAGAAGUCUUUGGAAAAAAUAAGCCAGACAUUGAUGGCUUGAGUCGCUUGAAGAUCGUGACGAUGAUUUUGAAUGAGGUUCUCAGGUUGUAUUCACCAGCAAUUAUCCUCACCCGAAGGACCUACAAAACAAUGAAACUAGGAGGGAUCACGUACCCAGAAGGAGUAUCGUUCAUACUACCUAUUAUCUUCAUCCACCACGACCCUAUAUACUGGGGUGAAGACGCCCAUGAAUUCAACCCCGAGAGAUUUGCAGGAGGAGUCUCAAAGGCAUCAAAAGAUCAAGUGGCCUUCUUUCCUUUUGGUUGGGGUCCUCGAGUUUGUAUAGGGCAGAGCUUUGCGAUGCUCGAAGCUAAGAUGGGUUUGAGCAUGAUUCUUCAACAUUUUGAGUUUGAGCUUUCACCUUCCUACUCUCAUGCUCCUUACACUGUGAUUACGCUUCAUCCUCAGUAUGGUGCUCACGUUAUUUUACACAAAUUAUGACAUCCAUUUGGUGCCGCUGUCACAUAGCUUUGUAGCAUGUUAUUGUAUAAAUGUAAGUAAUGAAAUGAAAUAAUGUAAGUUAUACUAUUUUCACCCGGAUGAGCAUUAUAGUAUGUUGUGCAUAAUGGAAGGAUUGAUCCCUUCUAUUUUUAUGCAUGGUUUGUACAUUGACAUUAAAUCAAUUACCUGCUUCAGCUACUGAAUUAAAGAAGGUUUUCUUAUA